AAAUCUAGGAUCUAAUUCAACCAAACAAAUAAUCCAAAUAAUGGCGUCAAGUAGCUCCCACUCUCCAUGUGCGGCGUGCAAGUUUCUGAGGAGAAAAUGUACGCAGGAGUGUGUUUUUGCGCCCUAUUUCCCACCGGACCAGCCGCAGAAAUUUGCCAGCGUCCACAAGGUGUACGGCGCCAGCAAUGUAGCCAAGAUCCUCAAUGAGCUGACGGUUGUGCACCGUGAGGAGGCUGCCAUUUCCCUUGCUUAUGAGGCCGAGGCUCGCCUGAGGGAUCCGGUCUUUGGCUGCGUCGGGUUCAUCACCAUCCUCCACAACCGCCUUAAGCAGAUCCAGGCGGAGGUCCACGCCUCCAAGAAGGAGCUCGCCACCUACAUUGGCCCACAGGCUAUGAUGGUGAUGAUGCCUCCGCCGCCCUCCUAUGGCAUGGCUCCUCCGCCUCCUCCAACUCUUGGUAUUCAACCCACCAAUAAUGCGUCUGCGCAGCUCUUGAUCCGCGAGCCGAUGAAUGCUCAACAAUAUCAUCAUCAUCAGCAGCAAAUGUUUAAUAGCGGAUUCGAUCAUGUUCCGCCGGUAAGCGGAGGGUUUAGUAAUCAGAUGAAUGGUGGUGGCCGUGGCUCUCCUAGUGGUGGUGUUGUGUCACCCUCAUUGGGUUUGGGAGGUUUCGAUAACGUCCCUAAUUAUCACAUCCAGUCUCAGCAACAACAAGUGCAUCCUCCUCCUCUUGAUUAUCAGCUUCAAACACAGCUUAUCAUCAGUUCACAACAGAAGUCGGAAGGAGAUCAUCAACAAAAUUGA